AUGGCGACACCCGAAAAAACACCUACCGUCGUCCAUUCCUUCGCAUCGUCGGAUUUCGAAGAAGCUGAGCGUUCCUUCCAGUUCACCAAAGAUGAACACAAUCUGCGCUUCUGGGAGGCCAUGCGCCGGUACUGGCCCGCUAUCGGCUGGGGCCUGUUCAUGAACCUGGCCACCGUGCUCAAGGGCAUCGACGGCGGCAUCGUCAAGAGUCUGGUCGGUCUGGACGUCUUCAAGCAGACCUACGGCUACCAGUACCAGGGGUCCUACAUCCUCGCCGCCAAGUGGCUGUCGGCCUUCAACUAUGCCAACCUCAUCGGCGGCAUCAUUGGCGCCCUGUGCUCCGGCUAUGUCUACAACCGCUUCGGUCCGCGCAUCAUGAUCGCCCUGUGCUCCUGCCUGUCCAUCGCCUUCAUCUUCCUCCAGUUCUUCAGCCACACCCCGGCCCAGCUCUUCGUUGGCCAGCUCAUCAACGGCUGCGUCAUCGCCUUCUACCCCAUCUGCGCCUCGGCCUACAUCGGCGAAGUGACGCCGCUGGUCCUGCGCGGGUUCGCCGCCACCAUGACCAAUUUAGCCUUCUCCAUCGGCUCGCUGGUGGCGUCAGGCAUCCUCAAAGGCACCUCGUCCAUUGACAGCAAGUGGUCGUAUAAGAUCCCGAUCGCCGCGCAGUGGGUGCUCCCCUGCGUCAUGUUAGCCCUCGUCGCGUUCGUCCCGGACCCGCCGUACUGGCUCUGCCGACAUGGCCGGUAUGACGCCGCCGCCCGAUCCCUGCAGCGACUGGCCACGCCGACGGUCGACGCCUCGCUGAAGCUGUCCCACAUCAAGGAAACGCUGCGGCUGGAGGACACCUUCAAGGGCGACCGGCCGAACUACCUGGAGUGUUUCCGGGGGCCGGACUUCCGGCGGCUGCUGAUCUGCGUCAUGGCGUACAGCAUGCAGGCGUUCACGGGCAACGUGUUCUUCAUCAACUACGCGGUGCACUUCAUGGAGCUGGCGGGGCUGGAUUCCUCGGACGCGUUCUCUAUGAACCUGGGGCUGACCGCGAUCGGGCUGGUGGGCACCUGCAUCUCCUGGUUUCUGCUGUCGUUCGUGGGCCGCCGGACGAUGUACCUCUUUGGCUGUUCGAGCCUCUGCCUGAUCCUGUUGAUCAUCGGGGCGGUCGAUGCCGCCCCGACCCGCACGAAUCAGGUCGUCUGGGCGCAGUGUGGCAUGAUGCUCGUCUGCACGUUCAUCUAUGACAUCUCGCUGGGGCCGUUCUGCUACGUGCUGCUGGCGGAGGUGUCGUCGGCGCGCCUGCGUGGGCUGACGAUUGCGCUGUCAACGGUGAGUUGCUUUGUGUGGUCGGUGGUGUUUGCGGUGGUGAUCCCGUACGCGAUGAACGAGGACCAGGGUGACUGGCGCGGGAAGAUCGGGUUUCUGUUCUCGGGGCUGAGCUUUUUGUGUGCGGUGUAUUGUUUCUGGUGUCUGCCCGAGACCAAGGGGAGGACGUUUGAGGAGCUGGAUAUCCUGUUUGAGCAGAAGGUGCCGAGUCGCCAGUUCAAGUACUACAAGGUGGACAUUGAUGUGAACGGGCGGAUAUUGCAGUAG